ACAGAGGAAUGACGAAACCAGAAAGAAAGAUUUCGACCAGAUGGUUUUCCCUAUAUCCCUCUUCAUUUUAUUUCGCUAGGGAUUUACCAGUAGAUAGAGAUGGUAACCGAUCACCUUAUUGGGGUUCGUCUUCAAUAUUAGUUUUGGACCUUAAUUUCUCAGGCAGCACUUCUGGUUCUGAAAUACUUUAUGCACUAAAAAGACAAAGCAAGAAAUCAUUCAAUUCUUAUUCUGCCACUUGGUUACAGCUAGAGUAGAACUUCGGAAGAGGCAAGGCUAGAGUAGAGUUUCUCCAAAAACGUCCGGUGAAGAAUAUUUCGAACGCAACCGCUGCAAGAUGUAAACGAACACAACCGCUUCAAUAUUCCGUCGUCCGAUGAAGAAUAUUCGCCGAAAAAUUUGGAAAGUUACAGAUGCCGUCCGGUGAUGAAUAUUACGAACACAACCGCUGCAAGAUGAAAACAAACUAUGUCUGGUGAAGAAUCGUCCGGUGAAGAAUAUUCCGAGCACAACCGCUGCAAGAUGAAAACGAACACAACCACUGCAAUAUUCCGUCGUCUGGUGAAAAGUAGGCGCCGAAAAAUUUGGAAAGUCAAAGAUGCCGUCCGGUGAUGAAUAUUCCGAACACAACCGCUGCAAGAUGAACUAUGUCCGGUUAAGAAUCGUCCGGUGAUGAAUACUCCAAAUACAACCGCUGCAAUAUUCCGUCGUCCGGUGAAGAAUCGUCACUAGAAUAUUCCGGGAAGUGGAAUAUUCUGAGCACUAUGUCUGCUUGCUCGAGUAAAGCCUUUGCUCAACAGCACCACAGUCCAUUCUCCUUGCUAAAUCUAUGGUUUCGUUGCAUCCUGAACACUCUGAAAACUUAAGUGCCACAUCAGCUCUUUCGUCAACCACAACAAGCUCACCAUCAUUGGUUAUUGCCAAUAUCACUGGAUAAGGGGUGAUUUGGCCUGACCUCAUAAUUGGGUGAUACGUGUACGUGAUUCGAUAUAAAUGACAAUUCGAUAUGAGUAGAUCGGCACGUGGACAUGGCUCAACGCAUGGGAGAACUCAGCAAGUAUCAGCUCGCUACAGAACGAGCUCGAAUACACUAAUGUCUYGAGCUGAAGGUACUUCGGGUUGAGUCCAUCCCAAUUCACGAACUAAAACAACAACACCAAGUUCUCAGCAGUCCGAACCCAAGUAAGUGGGCCACCUCAAAGACGACUUGCCUCGGGCAGAAUCACCUCGGCACGCCACCAGCAGCUCGUCACGGAUAGCUCGCCACCAAGUAGCUCGCUACAGGGUCGCUCGUUGUCAAGUAGCCCGGCGUCGCGCAAGAAGCUUCCUGCCUGACAGAACCGUACCUACCAACUCUGAARACUGCACCCACGUCCCUUGUCUGGCGGUGCAAUAUCUGCCAACUCUAAGGAUUGCACUCAUGUCUCUCGCCUGGCGGCGUCGUGCCUGCCAACCCCGGAGGUUGUCUCCUGCCUAACGGAACCGUACCCUACAACAGUUGCAUUAGCCCACCUGCUCCCCAGUCCUGACGAUGAUAGCCAGUCACUCCGAAACGUUACCUGACAACAUAUCGCCGUGGUAGAGAUUCGGGAUCAAGCCCACCAAACCUGUCAGGAUGUCAAUAUAUAAACACUUCAACCCCCCAGGGGCCAAGGCAUCGCAUAUUCACCACUCUCUAGCUUUCUUAUCUUCUUGCAAACUCAUUCUCUUCUAGCUCGCAACUGAGUACUAACUUAAGCAUCGGAGUGCUCCCGUCGGAUAAGCAACCCUGGGUUCCUUCAUCUCUCUUCACGUAGGUAUCUCUCGCCCGUCGCCAGCUAGGAGCCCAGUCACCUAUAGYUAGGAGUGGCCGGAUUGCGCAUCAUCAUCGCUAGUSUUAUACCAAUCAAGCUUGACGAUGGAUCUCUUCCCGUACCUGAUAAAAACAACACAGAGUUUGCAUCAUGGUAUGAACGAGACUAGAUGAUAUUAUCUUGGAUUCAAGCAACCUUAUCUCUUUCAGCCCUACCCUAUAUGGUUGGUGUGAAGUCUUCCAAGCAGGCAUGGGAUAUUAUUGAACAUCGGUAUGCCUCAGCGACACCUAUACUAAAGCUUUUAUGCUACCACCUCCAGGCUAUACUAAAGCUAAGCCAAAUGAAGUUUGCUUGUUAAAAAGGCCUUUGUAUGGUUUAAAGCAGGAUUCUCGCCAAUGGAAUGUUGAGUUUUGUGCUAAACUUCAAGCUUAUGGGUUUGUCGAAAGUGCACAUGAUCAUUUUCUCCUACUUCAUUUUUAGCCUUAUUAGUGUAUGUAGAUGAUGUUCUUGUUACUGAGACUCAUGAGUCUGAGAUUAAGAAGGUCAAACAGUUUCUUCAUGACACGUUUACUAUUAAAGACAUGGGGUAUGCUAAAUAUUUUUUAGGCCUUGAAAUUGCAAGGGGUUCUGAUGGAACUUAUGUCAAUCAAAGAAAAUAUGUGUUAGAUAUUUUGCAAGAUGCAGACCUUCUUGGAGCUAAACUUGUUGUUACACCAUUGCCAAAGGGGCAAAAAUUUUCUUCUACUGGUAGUUACUUGGAUGAACCAGAGAAAUAUCGCAGGUUAGUUGGUAGGUUGUUGUAUCUCAAUCUCACAAGGCCAGACAUAUCUUAUGCUGUCCAACACCUUAGUCAAUAUGUGCACUCUCCUACUCAAGAUCACUGGCAAGCAGCACUUCAUGUUCUGAAGUAUCUCAAGGGUACACCUUCCAGAGGUUUGUUUUUCUCAUCUAAUAAUAAUCUGUCCCUUGAAGCCUUUUGUGAUGCAGACUGGGCUGCAUGUAAGGAGUCCCGCAAGUCACUCACUGGUUACUGCAUAUAUUUGGGGUAUUCUCUCAUUUCUUGGAAGACUAAGAAACAAUCCACCGUCAGCAGGUCUUCAGUUGAGGCAGAAUAUAGAAGCCUUGCUUCUAUUGUUUGUGAGCUCCRGUGGAUUAGUUAUAUUUUGCAGGAUUUUCAAGUCAGCCCUCCUUUGCAAUCCGUCUUUGGUGCGAUAACAUGGCAGCUUUACAUAUUACUGCCAACCCAGUCUUCYAGCAUGUUUCUACACUUGGACGACCGUUGCGUCGUCUCAAAAAAGGUUCUCUUUCUAUGAAUGAGUAUUUGCAAAAAUUCAAAGCAAUCUGUGAUCAAUUGGCAGCCUGUGGAUCCCCUGUGUCAGAAGGAUGAAUUGCAGAUUUACAUAUUGGAUGGAUUACCUCAAUCCUAUCGCCCAUUUGCUGCAACCAUACGUGGCAGAUCUCGCACUGAAUCUGUCACUUUGGAAGAGUUACAUGACCUGUUAACUGGUGAAGAGUUGUCUCUUGCAGAAGACAUUGCAUCUGAACCGACAUCUGCGUUCAAUGCAAACAAAACUGCCCGCUCACCUCAAUACGGGAAAGGCCCUAACAAUGGGCGUUCACAUCAGCAGCAACAAGAUUUUGAUACCACCAAACGUCCACACUUAGGACGAAACAACAACAAUUCACCUAAAUCUCAGUUUCCUCUUCCAAACAAUUCUGGGCGUGUUCACACUUUUGACAGCCGUCCAUCUAUGCCCAGCAACCGACCUAUCUGCCAAAUAUGCAAUAAGACAGGUCAUAUUGCCCUUGACUGCUUCCAAAGACUCAACCUCUCCUUUCAGGGUCGUCAACCACCUGAGAAACUCAUGGCUAUGGCUGCUGCUGCACGGGAUGCCCUCGAUGAUACUACUUGGUAUUCUGACACUGGAGCUUCUCAUCACAUUACACCUGACCUCGGUAAUAUUUCUCAUUCUUCCCCUGAGUACUCAGGAUCAGACGAGGUCCAAGCUGGUAAAGGUCACGGGCUAGGACAAAGCAUCGGGUGCGACCCUUCAUCGCAGAGCAACUGAGAGUGGACUCUACCCAUUCAAGACUUUCAAAUCUCAGUCUUCAUCAACUAGUCAACCUGUUGCCCAUGUUAGCAAUCGCCAGUCACAGGAUCUCUGGCACCACCGCCUGGGUCACCCAUCUCGAGACAUCCAAGCCUCCAUUUUGUCUGUUAAGUCCCCCAACAUUAAUAAUUUGUGUUCAUCUUGCCAAUUUUGUCUUCACACCUUUAUUUUUAAUUCAUUGUAAUGUUUGGGGUCCUUCCUCUAUUUUAUCAAUUUCAAAUUAUCGUUAUUAUGUAUUAUUUGUGGAUAAUCAUACCCGAUAUUCCUUACA